AUGGAAGUCAUGCUUCACAUUUUCACCUAUAGUCUCCAGCUGGACCAAGCGAUGGCGCACACACUGCUAACGCUCAAUUCGGCGAUCCAGCGUGCAUUGCAGCCGCUUGUGUACGUAUGUGUCGAGCUCAACACUUCCUCGGCGCUUGUGCACUUUUCCGAGCUGAUCCGCAGGUGUCCGGAUGUGGCACGUGUGGUGCGAAGCUUGUGGAUUGGCCCUAGCUCUGCGCGUUCGGAUCUCGUCGCGAUCUUGUCGGUGCCGCUUCCAGGCGAUUCGAGUCUCUUGGCGCGCAUGCGCGAAGAAGUGUAUACCCACACCCGCUUCAUUCUGCGUGCAUGCCGGCGACUACAGGAUGUCGCACUAAGCGGCUCGCUGGUUUCGAGCCAAGUUGUGCACUCCUACGGAACGGCAUGCCAGCCGUUGCGCCUGACGAGCGUGAAUCCGCACAGUUUCAUAAGCGGAUUCGACGCGCCCAUCUUUCGCAAGGUGCAGUACCUGACUGUGUGCGACAUUAAUUUGUCGCUGAACGAAGCAACGGCGAUUGCUCGCUUGCCAGCGCUCCGCCUAUUUGCGUAUACCUCACCCAAAGACUACGGCGAUGUGCUGCGCGAUAUCAAUGUCUUGCGCAGACUACUCGCUAUAGACGAUGACGAGUCGUUGGAGAGCUCGCUAGCGCAUCUUUUUCUGCAGGAAACGCCGCACUUGCAAUUUCGCGCCGUGCGUGGGCGCGUAGAAAAAGUGGUCGCCGCGCUCCGCAACGCACAGCAAGAAGGCAACCAGCGGAUGAAGCGGAUGGAACUGUCCGAGGCCGAAUUGCCAGACACGUUUGUGCAGGAGUGGGAGGCACUGCGCGACCUGGUAUUCAAUGCACAGGGAGAAUACAGCCGCACGGCACUCCAAGACGAUGUAGGGUCCUGGAUCGAUCCCGGGCACGCGCUCGAGCAACUACAGCGAGAAUGGCGGCAGCGCGCACUCGCUUAG